ACCUGUUUUCAACAUGUAGGUGUGGUCUGAACAGGGAGAGGCUCGAACUACCGGGCUCAGCUCAGGCACUCUGAGUCUGUAGCGGUUUCAGAUCUCAAACCAGCAGCAUGGAUCUGAGUGACGCUCUCGGAGAUUGGCCCUCUGGUGGCAGCAACCAGCAACCUCAGCCUGGAGGGGCCUGGCCUGGACAACCUGCUAACUCCACCUGGCCAGGUAACCCCGCUAACCCCGCCUGGCCUGGAGGUCAGCCUGGAGGUCAGCCUGGAGGUCAGCCUGGAGGUGGAGGGGCCUGGUCCGGACCGCCUGGAGGUCAGCCUGGAGGUGGAGGGGCCUGGUCCGGACCGCCUGGAGGUCAGCCUGGAGGUGGAGGGGCCUGGCCCGGACAGCCCGGACAGCCCGGACAGCCCUCCUGGCCCGGACAACCCGGACAGCCCGGACAGCCCUCCUGGCCCGGACAACCCGGACAGCCCGGACAGCCCUCCUGGCCGGGACAGCCCGGACAGCCCGGACAGCCCUCCUGGCCCGGACAACCCGGACAGCCCGGACAGCCCUCCUGGCCCGGACAACCCGGACAGCCCAGCCAGCCCAACUGGCCCUCUCCCAGCCCCCAACCAUCUGCACCUGGACCUGGACCUGGACCAGGACCUGGUUUUGGAUCUGGACCCCAAAAGAAUCUGGCGGUUCCGUACGAACAGAGUCUGCUGAACGGGGUUCAUGACAAACUGCUCAUCACCAUCAUCGGAACCGUGAACAAAAAUGCUCAGAAUGUCACCGUGAAUCUGUCAACAGCAGAGGACCUGGCCUUCCACUUCAACCCUCGCUUCAAUGAAAACGGCCACAAUGUGAUCGUGAGGAACACCUGCAUCGGCAAGAAGUGGGGCCGAGAGGAGAGAGAGCUGUCGGCCUUCCCCUUCGUCCCCGGACAGCCUUUCGAGCUGAAGAUCUUGUGCACCAAACGAGAGUUCAAGGUGGCCUUGAACAGCUCUCACCUCCUGGAAUACCGGCACCGGAUCAUCAACCUGAAGCAAAUCAACAAGCUCAGCAUCCACAACGACCUCACGCUGAGCGACGUCCGCAUGGAGACUCUGCCCUGAGGCGCCAGAUCCCCAAAGAUCUGACACAGAUCUACUGUGGAUCCAUUAUGGACCUGUUGGUACUCACCAGAGAUCUACUGUGGAUCCGUGGGAGAUCUGUUGGGGAUUCACAAGACAGAACAAAUAAAGUUUUCAUCUCAGA